AUGGCGGCGGAUUUCGGUUUGCAGGCCUUGAGAACGAAGCGGAAGGCAGGGCGGCUGGUCACCCUGGACGACGGCGGUUCCGCCGUCGAGUUCGAUGGCAAGGUCUGGAACAAGCGGGAGCUGUUGCAGGCGGGGGGAGAACCCUCGGCACCGUCGGAGAGAAUCGAGUGGGCAGCCGACGGCUUGGUGGUCCUAGCCGUGCCGCAGAAGUCGGAGCGGAGGCACAGCCGGAUGAUCGCCCGCUUGGGCAGCGAGGACCCUAUGGGCCAUGGCAUCGCGGUGGAGGUGGCCAAGCGCCGGGCCAAUCACGUGGCCAAGCGCGCGUCUCGAUCUUUGGGAAAGAGGCAGCAGCGCAUCCAGAGGAGCAGGACGGCCCUGCUCGCGGACUCGGCCGUGCCCAAGGAGCGGAAGAACCCGGUGCGCUCGAUGCUGCCAGUGAUUGCGAAGGCCGAGGACUUCGUGGCCGGCGCCAAGCAGGUGGCGAAGGAUGCGGUGCGAGACACGGUGAAGCGCUCCAAUGAGGUCUUUAAGGAGCUCCGAAAGGCCGCCGCGGCGGAGAACGUCUCCAGAGAGGUGGAGGAUAUGGAUGAGCUUGGGCAGGUGGCACGAGGACUCCGUGCCCCUGGGGCCGACGCCCUAGGCCUCAAGGAGAACUUUGGUUUGGCCUUGCUGCCGGGCUGGCCCGUCGCCCAACUCCAAAGUGCCUUCCGGCACCGCGCGCGGCAGUGCACCGUGGUCGACUUGCCUUUGCUGCCGCCCUUGGCCUUCGCCUCGGCGCAGCGCGAGUCGCUGGCCUCCUUGGGCCUCGCGGCGCGCGAGACGCUGUCGGGGCGGGACCUUGAGCAGCGCAACCUGCGGCUGAGCAGCCAGAGCCGCCUGAGCCGCUUCUCGCGCAGCUCGAGGACCUCCGAGCUCACGGAGGAGCUGAAGUCUCAGACCACGGAAGUCACCGAAGGGAAGAGCGAGGGACCUGAGGAGGCGCUCUACAUGGAUGAGGACGCCGAUGGGACGACCUCGGACUACUCGAGGUCCAACAGUGGUUGGAGUGUGCCAGAUGAUGGGGAGGAUUCUGCAGAUGGCUCGGGCCCCAGCGGACCGAGCUCUCCGGGCAUCGCCCCGGAGCCGCCGAAGCGCGGCAGCCGCGGCAGCCAGCGAAGCAUGACGAGCGGUCUGUGGCUCCUCAACCGUGCCAGUGGCGACUUUGACGAUCUGCGCACCACCGCCAAGAAGAAGUUGCAGAGGAUGAAUACCUCGGUGCAGGCCUUUUCCCAGGCGGCUGCGGGGUAUGCCUCCGAGGCCGCGGCCAAAGCGGUGAAUAAGGUGAAGAACUUCGCGUUGCAGAGGAAGCUGCGCGGCAUGGGACGGCGGGAGUUCACCAGCCGGGUCUUGGUGCGCAAGGUCGUCCCCGGUUCUUCUGGGGGACCCCUCCUUGCUCGGGAAAUCCCUGGUGGCCAAAACACCCGGGACCUCGCCAUGCGCUGUCCGGAGCUGGGCGCGCUCGUGGCUUCUGCACUGAUCGCUGGCAGCAUGUUCCUCUUCACCAGCCUGGUGAAGGACGCAUUUCCACCCUUGAGCCUGGUGAUGUUCCGCAUGCUGCUGGGCAGCGCUGGGCUCCUGGCUGGGACUGCGAGCGCACAGGCCAUGGGCUGGCAUCGAUCCUCGUCUCCGGCACGGGAGGAGGUGCUCUACCUGUGCGCGAUCGGUGCGAUGAACACCGUGCUGCCCUACACGCUCUAUGCCGCUGCCUUGGGCAAGGGCGAAUCCGUGAGCUGCGCCUCCGCUUUGGCGGGCGCAACCCCUGUGUUCGCAGCCGGGCUGAUGGCGCUUAGUGGCAAGCUGACGCUGCAGACGGAGGGGCCAGGCUUGCUGCUGGGCUUGCUGGGCGUGCUUCUCAUCGUCUUCCGCCGGGGGCGCUGGUCCCACGGCAGCUUCCAGGGUGUAGCCCUGCAAGUGCUCGGCGUCUUCUUCAAGGCCUCUGCGGCCUGCUUAGCUGGGGCGAAGAAUGCCAGGAAAGACCUCAAGGCCUCGGUGCUGCUGCAAGCACUCCUCCAAGCGCUCUGUGGCGCAGCUUUGGCGGCUGUCCUCUCCUUGCUCUUGGAUGCUCGGGCGCAGACGCCACAUUGGUUAGACCCCAAAGAUCUCAGCCAUGGUGGCUAUGGCUUCUUGUUUUCGGUGACCUCUCAGCAAUGGCUCUGCUUGGUGGCACUCUCUUUGAUGGGGAGCUGCGUGGUCUAUCUCCUUCAGUUCUUCCUUUUGGCGCGGGUGGGCGCGGUGCGUCAAACCUUAAUGGAUCAGCUCGCGCUGGUCAUUGGUGUCGUGGAAGGAGGGCUCUUCCGCGGUGAAUGGCGCGACGCCUCUUUUUCCGAACUCUUGACCUUCCUCUUUGGCGCUGCCUGCGUACUGGUGGCGACCGCCCUGCUCUAUCAUCCAAGCCAGUUGAAUCAUCGCACGAGGAGCAGCUGCACCUGCGAGGACGCUAUCAGCUUGGAGACCAUGGCCAGUGAGGCCAUGCUGCACAGCGGAUGA